GACUGGCAUCUGAACGAAACACUGCGAGGCCGAAAGAGACUAGUGGCUUUCAAAUGCAACGUGCCAACGUACAUGUACCAAACGCCCAUCUCCACUAUCAAGCUGGGAUACGCUUCAGGGUUUUCGUGGGAAAAAAUGGCGACGACAGCCAUCCUUAACCGACUCGGAGCUGUGCUUUCUGGGAAAUGUUACGGAGUUCGUGCGGCUUCCGUUGCUUGCAAGUUUCUUGGCGAUGGACCUAACAACUUUACCCAACAAACGAAGGGGAUCCGUUGCUCUCCUUACAACGAACAACAUCCGGGGAAGUUAUCUAUCACCACAAGACUUGCAAUUCAUCGCUAUCUCAGCACUGAGACCUCGCAACUUGAAGACGCUGACAACGUCUAUUUCGAUGGCUUGGUGAAGAGAAUAAAGAGUGGAGAUAUGCAGAUGAUUGACGUUAGAGACGCCUCUGAGAUCAAGGAGUUUGGAACCAUCAUCAAAGAUAUCUGUCAUAUCCCAGUUUUGGACGUGGAGGCUGCACUCCAACUAUCAGACGAUGAGUUUCGAGCCAAAUAUGGUCGCACCAAGCCCGAGAAGUCGGAUGAUAAUAUUGUCUUCACUUGUAAGAAGGGGAUUCGGAGCUUAAAGGCACGAGACACGGCACGAAGCUUGGGCUUCAAAAAGGCAAGGCAUUAUCCAGGCGGAUGGAUGGAAUGGGGCAGGAAGAACAAUCUGCCUUACCCGAAGGAAUAAAGGCAAAUGUGUGAGGAAAACGAUGCUUCGAAGCAACAAGAUAUGAAAGGCUAUUUUUUUUCCGUGUGUGGUAUUAAAAAUUGGCUUGUACUCUAAAAUCACAAGCUCCUGAUAUGAAAUUAUUAAUUUGAAACAGACCUUGUAGUUCUUUAUGUAUAGUGAAAUAUAUGAUGGGAUAUUUCUAUUAAUCUCCCCAAAAGCUAUCUGAAUCGCUCUUGUGAUCCGAUGAAAUCUUAACAAUAUCAGAAAUUGAACUGGAAACAAUUGAACACCAGAACCACAGGUAACUGAAACCAUGGCUUGUUUUUCUCUUUUCGAUAGUUUCAAUUUAAAAAAAAUUGUGUCUUAACUCUUCCGGUAUAAUAUGUGCUUUUUUGAGUAUCCAAUUUUGUCUCAUCAAAUCUACUCUUAAAUGCAAGCAGAUCAUAGUAGUAGAUUUUGUUGGUUACUUGAUCAAUCUGCAGAACUUAGUACAUGUAGUAUGAAGCUGGUAAUGAAACGUACAGAAAACGAAUUACAACGAUUAAAACAAAUUCUUAUAAUAAACCAAAAGGUAAA